GAAAUCCCCACGCCAUCUGUGACCAGCCAGAACCCUGACCCCCCUCCAAGAGCAGGGCCCGAGCGUCCCUCGCUCCCGGGGUGGGGGCAGCAGGCCUGGAUCGGCUGCCGGGGUGCCUGCCAGCGGGCCCUUCGGCUUCAGGGCGAAGGGGAAGGAGUCCAGCGGAAGGCCUGGGCUGCGGCGGCCCAGGCAGCCGGGGGAGCGCUGUGAUGAUGGACGAGGAAGAGGCGGAGCUGAGGGCAGCAGUGGAACUCAGAGGCCUGCCCCCCGACGUCCCAGACGAGCUGCUCACACUCUACUUCGAGAACCCUCGAAGCUCUGGGGGUGGCCCUGUGUCGAGUUGGCAGAGACUUGGCCGCGGGGGCAUCCUCACCUUCCAGGAGGCUGCAGAUGCAGCGAGGGUCUUGGCCCAGGAGGAGCACACUCUGCACGGCGCUCGGCUGAGCCUGCGGCCAGCCCCACCACGCGCCCCUGCGCGCCUGCUGCUCCAAGGGCUGUCUGCUGGCACGGGACCCCAGCGCCUGGAGCAGUACGUCCAAGCCCUGCUUUGUGCCGCAGGGCAGCCGGUGCAGCCCUGCCGUGCCCUGGCCAGUCCCCGACCAGACCGGGCCCUGGUGCAGCUGCCCAAGCCCCUUUCAGAGGCAGAAGCCCGCGUCCUGGAGGAGCACGCCCAGGCCCUGAGCCUGGAGGGGGCUGAGGUCUCCCUGGCCUGGGUGCCCCAGGCCCGGGCGGUGCGUGUCGUGGGGGGCAGCCCCCCUGCAGACCUGCUGCUGCUGGAGCUGUACCUGGAGAAUGAGCGCCGCAGUGGCGGGGGGCCCCUGGAGGGCGUGCGCAGCCUGCCAGGGCACCUGGGCACCAUCGCUUCCUUCCAGCAGUGGCAGGUGGCCGAACGGGUGCUGCAGCGGGCCCACCAGCUGCAGGGUUCAGAGCUGAGCCUUGUCCCCCACUACGAUGUCCUGGAGCCCGAGGAGCUCAGCGAGCACACCAGUGGAGGGAACCGCUUGGCCAAAUUGGGGCCUGGGGCCCCCAAGCAUGCUCUCCUGGAGGCUGGAGGGCCAGCAAGGGCACAGAAUUGUGCAGGGAAUGUGACAUUGGGCUCUGAGGAGGCACCGGGGCAAACAGGAGCCUCUCUGAGGACAGGUCCUCUCUGGGACAGGUCCUCGCUGGGACAGGCCAGGCCAGUCAGCUCAGGGCCUGUGGGGUCUGAGGAGGGGCUGGUGAACCCAGGGCCUACGGGGUCUCCAGGCCCAGUGGAGAUCGCUGUGGAGUCUCUGGAGCAGGUGGCGUCGAUGAGCCUGGGCCCUGUGGGGUCACCGGGGCAGGAGGGCCUGGUGGAGACAGUGCUGCCGAUGGAGCUGGGAGCAAUGCGCUUCAUUCAACUCUAUCAUGAGGACCUUCUUGCUGGCCUGGGAGACGUCGCCCUCUUCCCGCUCGAGGGAUCAGAUAUGACUGGAUUUCGGCUCUGCGGAGCCCUGGCCCCAUGCCAGGCAGCCGAGGAGUUUCUGCAAAGUCUGCUGGGCAGCGUUAGCGGUCACGUGCUGAGCCUGAAGCACCCAGGCAGCGCCAGGUUCCUGCUGAGCCCAGAGGGGCAGCGCCUUCUGCGGGGGCUGGAGGCUCAGUUCCAGUGCGUCUUUGGGACAGAGCGUCUGGCCAGGGCUGCCCUGGACACAGACCUGGGAGAGGUGGACCCCACUGAGGCCCUACAGGCCCUCCCUGGCCACUCCCACACCCUGUGGCCUCCAGACAAUACGGACGGUGACCAGGAGAAUGUGAACCUAGAGGAGGUCCGAGAGCUGCUGGCCGCCCUGGAGGGCCGGGACGGGGAAGACUGGCUGCCACUGGAGCUGGGGGAGGAGGAGCCUGAGGGGCAGCCGGAGGAGGAGAAGACUCCCAGGGCUGGGGAGGGGCCCGUGGCCCCCAGCACCCGGGCACCUGGGCGGCUGGAGGAGGAGGCCGAGCUGCAGCUGGCUCUCUACCGGUCACUGGAGCCACAGGGCCAGGUGGCCGAGCGGGAGGAGGCUGUGGCGCUGCAGCGGGCCCUGGCCCUCUCCCUGCUGGAGCCGUCCCCACUGCAGGAAGAACAGGAGCUCCGGGGUGGGGGGCCUGGUAGCUGGGCCCAGCUGGAGGUGCAUGCGGCCUUUGAGCAGGAUAUGGAUGAGCUGGACCGGGCCCUAGAGGCGGCCUUGGAGGUGCACCUCCGGGAAGAGGCGGUGGGGCCCCAGGGCUGCGUGCUGCCCGCGGAGCUGUGCGCCCGCCUGGAGCGGCGCCACGGCGUGAGUGUUGCCCUUCGUGGUGACCGCACCGUCCUCCGUGGCUUUGGGACCCAGCCCACCCGUGCGGCCCGCCACUUAGCAGCGCUGUGGGCUGGCCCCCGGGAUCAGAGCUUGGCCUUUCCCUUGGCGGCUUCGGGCCCCACUCGUGAGUCUGCAGCCCACGCGGGGGAGGGCAGGGUGGACCGGUGCCCCAGGCAUGGCCCGCACCCCCUUUCUCCCUGUGUGUCAGUGCCACAGCAGAGGCCGAGGGAGCCCUUGGGCAGGCUGGAGUGUGUGGCCGAGAGCAGCAGUGAGUUCCAGACGGUAGUGCAGGCCUUCUACGACACACUGGACGCUGCCCACGGCAGGAUCCGUGUUGUCCGGGUGGAGCGUGUGUUGCACCCGCUGCUGCAGCAGCAGUACGAACUGCACCGGGAGCGCCUGGAGCAGUGCUGUGACCGGCGGCCGGCCGAGCAGGUCCUGUACCACGGCACGUCGGUGGCCACCGUCCCAGACAUCUGCGCGCACGGCUUCAACCGCAGCUUCUGCGGCCGCAACGGCACGCUCUACGGACAGGGCGUGUACUUCGCCAAGCGCGCCUCCCUGUCGGUGCUGGACCGCUACUCGCCCCCCGACGCCGAGGGCCACAAGGCGGUGUUCGUGGCGCGGGUGCUGACCGGCGACUACGGGCAGGGCCGCCGCGGGCUGCGGGCACCCCCUCCGCGGCCCCCCGGCCACGCGCUCCUGCGCUACGACAGCGCGGUGGACUGCCUCCCCCGGCCCAGCAUCUUCGUCAUCUUUCACGACACCCAGGCGCUGCCCACCCACCUCAUCACUUGCAAGCACAUGUCCCGGUCUCCCCCUGGAGACCCCCCUGGGCUCUUGAGCAACUCCCCAGCCACCUAACCCUAGAGGCCCCGCCCCCUCGGCCCAGCCGCUGGCCUCCUGCUCCCCAGGCUCCCCGCUCCGCACAGCCCCACCGCCCCCUUCCCCGGCCGAGCUGCCCCCGGGGGCGCCCCUGCCUCCUGCACUGGUGCCCAUACGGGUGGCCGGACGAGGAGGGCUUGGGCAGGGUUCCCCGCCCCCCCACCCUCGGGCCGGCCCAACCACCAGGGGUCAGCAGAGCCCAGGAGGAGGGGGGCCGGCCCUCGCCCGAGCGCGACUGUGUUGUUUAAAUAAAUGUGUACGUGAAACCA